AUGCGAUCGGCAGGGCGCCCCAUGUUCUCUUCGUCAAGCUCCGAUCAAGAUCCGGUAGAAGAGGAAGAACAAUCUAUCAACGAAGCUCCUCUAUCACCCCCCAUUUCUGGAACUGACCCAACUUUGUCGAUUGAUGAAAAUGACCCCUUUUUGGCGCCCAUGAUGCCAGGCGGUCCCUUUGAACCAUACGUCGAGCCAAUCCCAGGUCAAUUUGAUGCUGCCGAUGGCUCAUUCAAUAUUGCACUUGAUGGAAUGGGGGAUUUCUUCGGCAUGGACACCGCGACCGAUUUUAAUCUACCCUUUGCGGCCACUUGUAACUACAACUGGCUAUUCGAUGUCACCUCCCUCGACGAUGCUUUUCAUCACUACGAUUUCCCCCUCGGAUUCGAUGCAGAACCCUUCUCUGAUGCCUUGAACGAACAAUAUGACCAAGGAAUGGAUCAGUACGACGGCCCCUCGGCACUUCUAGAAGUUGCUUCAAUGAUGCAUAAAGAGCAAACACCACGAGAAGUCUUAUCCCCUCUUACGCCUGAUCUUGUAGAGAUGGAUUGGAUGUCUGGGACUUCAUUCUUGGGCACGAACCCUCCACCACGCCUACCACGUUUAUCUGAAGCUACUCGGCAAGGUAUUUUAUCUCUCAUCGUACAGACAUCACCAAUGGGUAUUGAUGGCCAACCGACGGCUAUGGACUCCCCGCUUCUCACAUUGGGGGCGCUGCAAGGCUACUGUGAUCUGUUUUUCACUCGCUUCAAUGUUACGUACCCUUUGAUUCACCAGCCAACGUUCAAUCCAGAACUCAUCGACCCCGUAUUUCUCGCAGCAGUCCUCAUUAUGGGGGCAACAUAUAGCACUCGUGAAGCUCAUCAACUCGCAGUGGGAAUCCACGACAAACUUCGCAAUCAACUUUUAUGUCAUGAGGACUUUUCACCACAGCCUGAUCUCUGGGUCUUACAGGCAAUGCUUCUAAUUGAUUGCUUUGGGAAGUUGCGUGCUGGUCCAAAACAACGAGAGCGAGCGCAGCUCUUUCACUGCGUGUUAAUCAAACUCAUACGUCGCAGCAACUCAUGUUGCAUUCAGGAUAUGUCUCAUCUCGCUCGGUCUGCAGACGUAGAGCAGGCAUGGCACCAAGUUAUGGAUGCCGAGCAGAGAAAGCGUUUGGCGAUGCACUGUUUCAUGUGGGAUACACAACAUGCUGUUCUCUUCUCACAGUCUCUUUGCAUGUCUGCAUUCGAGAUUAGAUCUUGUUUGCCUUGCAGUGCGCCUGCGUGGGAAGCAUCCUCGGCCCGAGAGUGGGCUCAAUUUGCCAUUCGUGAGACAAAUAGACCAUUUCUCACAGUCCUCAAAGGCUACAUUACUCCUGGAGCUAUCGUUCGACCUCGAGACUUGAAUGUAUUUGCCCGGACAUUUAUUCUACACGGACUUAUGUCUGUUUCUGCAGAUUUGAAGCGUCGUGAUCAGACUACAUUACGUUCAGAAACACCAGAGCGAGUAGGAGCCUGGACUCCCCGCAUGAGCCGCUCGUAUGACUUAUGGAAAGUGGAUUUUGAUGCGGAUUGUCUUGCCAUGAAGCUAGCGCAGACAGCAGAUCCACGGCGAUUCACCGGCUUGAAGAUGGCUGCUCAUGCCCUCUACCAUGCGGCGUGCUUGGCUUUGAAUGUAGAAAUCUUGGACUUGCAAAUUGUCGCGGGGGCUAUGCAGAUAUUGGGUCGAAAUGUCACCUCGGCUGAUCAAUCAAGAUCGCAACGGAGCAUUCUCCGUUGGCUUCAUGAGGAGUCUGGAGCAUCAGCGGGCGCUGCUCGACAUGCAUCGCAUCUGCUACAAGAUGCGGUACUCAGUCUCCAUGAUUGGGACCAGACGGAUGCCUUUCACUUCCCCUGGUGUCUAUAUUUGGCUACGUUGACAUGUUGGGUCUUUCACCGAGGAAUGGACUAUUCAUCGUCGAGAAGCCGAAUAACUACAGAUCUUUCUUCUUUGAUUGUGAUGAUGACCAACUGUCCGAGCACAACAGAGCUCGCGGCACUUUCAGGGAAAUACGAUCCGAAGCCCUUGGCCGCUGCAAUGGCACAGCAGUUAGCAACUGUCCGCUGGGCAGUAGUCCAUGAUGCAAUGAAGGUAUUAUUGGCUUUGUCUUGA